GUGGGUUUUAGCAUGGGGACUGUUUUGGCCAACAAAAUCAAUGGCACUAAUAUCCAACAGUUCCCCUCAGAUCCCAUGUUCUGUAAGAAUGCCGGACCACCUGGAAUGAUGACCCGUAAAGACAAUGACUUCAACUCCAAAUGGAAUGAAGGGUUUGAAAAACUUUUCUCUUCAGGACGUUUUUUAAAAACGGCUAUGUGAUGAGGCACGGAGUAAGCACGGUCAUCGCGGUGAGAUUGACUGUGUGGAUGCCUAACAACAGCUGGGAUCUGUAACCUUCACCUUGAUAGAUAAACCACAGGACGAGGCAUCCGUAACUUCUAUGGCAACUUGUGGAACUUACAAGAGGCCACGGAAUCUAAUGGAUAGAACUGAAAAUUUAUUGAUAAUGUGUGAAUUUCAAGCUGAUGAAAGGAUUACCACCAGUGAUAUCAAGUUCAGACCCGCAGUGUUUUUUAAGGAAGCACAACUGUAAUUCCAACAGGCUUAUUACAUUUAUAUGCAUAACUUCAGCGCUGCAGUUAAUAGUAAUCAUCAUUUCAUUACCAUUACAAUUGACUAAUUUUAUUAACUUCUUUUUUUGGCAAAAUCAACAGCCUCAUGAAAGAAAUGUCGUCUUCGGAAAAGAAAAACAGAACUUUUUAUAAUCGAAAUAAGCUAGCUAUUUUAUUUUUUAUUUUUCAUGUGACGCACGAGGCUUCUGGUUUUAUUUAAGAGACUAAUUUAGCAAAGGAAAAACGACCAAGCGGUGCCGUGCUGACUGCGGUAAUGCAUUUAUAUGGGUUAUAUAAAGCUAAGAACUAAAAUUUGUUAAAAUAUUUGAAACUGGUAAUUCUGAAACUUUUUGUUUGGGCAUAAAUGAAAAUUAUAGCCUCGUUUUGGCCUACGACAAAGACCAUAGGUUAACUUACAUGUAUUAACAAAAUUUGAAAAAGGUGAUGCUUUUGUUCAAGUUGUAUUUACAUACAUGAAGGCAUAUUUUACGAAUACGAGUGGGGGAAAUUGUAUCAGGCAAAUACACAUUUUGAAUUACUAUAGCUGGAUCCAUCAAUUAUAAAACUCGGAUUAAGUUGAGUCCGUAGCCAACGGUAUGCGCCAUAUCUAACUAGCUGCGACCCCAUUCAGCAGAAUGAAAAUGGUAUAGUUCAGCAGGUUCAUAUUUGCGAAAUAUUUUACUUUUUCAGAAAUCAUGUAGAAAAUUAAGUUUUACACGCAAAAACCUCAGCUUUUCAACUCACGCGGUUUCUUUUGGUUCGUGAUAACUUUGCUGACUUGGACGCAAGCCCUGAGACGUUUAUUGGAACAUGUACAGUAUAACGUGGUUGAAUUUAGGAAUGGAAAGAAUACCUGUUUUACCUUAGCAACCGUGAUAGCUUUGACCUAUAAAAUCCCAUGAAGAUUAAGAGGAGAAUAAUUAGUGCCUAGCAUGAACGAAUAGGGAUUACAUUACAUUUGUCCUUGUUCGAGACCUCAAAUUCAAGAUGUCAGAUGCAAGGAGCGACAGUAAUGUCAAUCAUGUGACGAGAACCAACCAGUUGGAAGCCAGUCGCAUACUGACAGUAACCAUAGUGACAUGUGUUCUGGUUGCGAUGAUUGCGCUCAUCAUCUCAGCCGUCGCAAUCUCCAACCCUGCUGGCUCUGACAUUACAAUCCAGGGUACAACGGCAAAUAUUCAGCAAAAUCAGCCACCCAGUAGGGCCUAUGACGCCAUCAACCGAUAUCAGGCCUCAAACAAUAGAAGAAUUUACACGAUUGCCGUUGGAUACGAUACUGGGCCUUAUAUAUAUAAGGACGUCAGCGGAUUCCUAAUUGGAUUCAAUCACGACUUAAUAGACGCAGUGUGUCAGGAGGCGGGAAUUGAUUGUAGGGUUGUCAAGGAGCCUUCCACCAACUGCAUGUUCUCAGAGAGAGGACAGCCACACAGAGGAGGGAUAGGACUUAUGGAAGGUUGGUACGACGCCUGCACCGGGUGGCUGACCACACGUCAACGGAAGCAGAUUUUCGCAUUUUCCAAGCCGUUUUUGAAACCUAUCGAGGUCUAUUUCUUCGCCUUUCCUGGAUUUAAUCCAUUCAAUAUCACUGGAAAGAAAAUAGGACUGAUAAGCGGCUUCUUCAGUAACGAAGCCUGCCUAGCUGGACUGGACCAGGUGACUGGAAGAGACGUCCCGCACUCCAACGUUUUCCACGCCCAGACGGUUGACGAGCUAUUGGCUAUGAUCCAGAACGGAACUGUAGACGUGGGUUUAAGCACGGGGCCUUCUAUGGCCACCAAAAUCAAUGGCACUAAUACCCAACGGUUCCCAUCGGAUCCCAUGUUCUGUAAGAAUGCCGGACAACCUGGAAUGAUGACCCGUAAAGACAAUGACUUCAACUCUAAAUGGAAUGAAGGGUUUGAGAAACUGGUCUCUUCAGGACGUUUUAGACGGCUAUGUGAUGAGGCACGGAUCAAGCACGGUCAUCGCGGUGAGAUUGGCUGUGUGGAUGCCUAACAACAGGAAUCAAAAACUUUCACCUUGAUAGCUAAAGCACAAAACAAUGCACCCGUAACCUUUAUCUUGAUGGUUAAAACACAGAAAUUUAGGAAUUGGUAACCUUCACCUUGAUGGUUAAAACAAAGAUAUAGGCGGCCGUUACCUGAACCUGAUAUCUGGAUCUCAGAAGAUAUCCUUGGCCUUCAGGUUGAAAGCUAAACCACAGGACGAGGCAUCCGUAGCUUUUAUCAGCUUGCGGAACUUACAAGAAGCCAAGACGAAAUUUAUAAAUGAAUCUAAUGGAUAGAACCGAAAAUUUAUUGAUAAUGUGUGAAUUUCAUGCUGAUGAAAGGAUUACCACCAGUGAUAUCAAUUUCAGACCCGCAGUGUUUUUUUAAGGAAGCACAAAUGUAAUUCCAACAGGCUUAUUACAUGUAAAUGCAUAACUUUAGUGCUGCAGUUGAUAGUUAUUAGAAUUUCAUUACCACUACAAUUAACUAAUUUUAUUAAUUUCUUUUUUGACAAAAUCAACAGUCUCAUGAAAGAAAUGUCGUCUUCGGAAAAGAAAAACAUAACUGUUUAUAAUGGAAAUAAGCUGAUUUAUUUUUAUUUUUCACAUGACGCACAAGGCUCCUGGUUUGAUUUAAGAUACUAAUUUAGCAAAGCAAAAGUAAUCAGGCGGUGCCGUCCUGACUGAGGUAAUGCAGUUAUAUGGGUUAUAUAAAGCCAAGGAGUUAUAACAGAACUAAGAUUUGUUAAAAUAUUUGUAGUAGGUAAUUCUGAAACUUCCUGUUUGGGCAUAGAUGAAAAUUAUAGCCUCGUUUUGGCCUACGACAAAGGCCAUAUGUUAACUUACAUGUAUUAACAAAAUUUGAAAAAUGUGAUGCUUUUGUUUAAGUUGUUAUACAUGUAUUUACAUACAUGAAGGCAAAUUUUACGAAUGCGAGUGGGGGAAAGUGUAUCAGGCAAAUACACAUUUUGAAUUACUAUAGCUGGAUCCAUCAAUUAUAAAACUCGGAUUAAGUUGAGUCCGUAGCCAACGGUAUGCGCCAUAUCUAACUAGCUGCGACCCCUUUCAGCAGAAUGAAAAUGGUAUAGUUCAGCAGGUUCAUUUGCGAAAUAUUUUACCUUUGUAGGAAAUAAAGCUUUAAACGCAAAAACCUCGGCUUUUUAUCUCAUAGCCAUCAAGGCGGUUUCUGUUGAUUCGUGAUAAUUUUGCUGACUUGGACGCAAACACUGAGACAAUUUAACGUGUAUUGCAACGCGCAUAAUGUGGUUGAAUUUAGGGAUGAAAAUAAUAUCUGUUUUACCUAAGCAACAGUGACAGCUUUGACCUAUAAAAUCCCAUGAAGAUUAAGUGGAGUAAUAAUGCUUGUAAUUUAC